UCAUGCAUGUCUUUUAAUCCGGAAACAAGAAGACUGUCCAUAGGUCUAGACAAUGGUACAAUCUCAGAGUUUAUUUUGUCAGAAGAUUAUAACAAGAUGACUUCUGUGAAAAACUAUCAAGCGCAUCAGAGCCGAGUGACGAUGGUCCUUUUUGUCCUGGAGCUGGAGUGGGUGCUGAGCACGGGACAGGAUAAGCAGUUUGCCUGGCACUGCUCUGAGAGUGGGCAACGCCUGGGAGGCUAUCGCACCAGCGCUGUGGCCUCAGGCCUGCAAUUUGAUGUGGAAACCCGACAUGUGUUUAUUGGUGACCAUUCAGGCCAAGUAACAAUCCUCAAACUGGAACAAGAAAACUGCAUGCUGGUCACAAGCUUCAGAGGACACACAGGCGGGGUGACUGCUCUCUGUUGGGACCCAGUCCAGCGGGUGUUGUUCUCUGGCAGUUCAGACCACUCAGUCAUCAUGUGGGACAUUGGUGGGAGAAAAGGAACAGCCAUCGAACUUCAAGGACACAAUGACAAAGUCCAGGCUCUCUCCUAUGCACAGCACACACGGCAGCUCAUCUCCUGUGGCGGUGAUGGUGGCAUUGUUGUCUGGAACAUGGAUGUGGAAAGGCAAGAGACCCCUGAGUGGUUGGACAGUGACUCCUGCCAAAAGUGUGAUCAGCCUUUCUUCUGGAACUUCAAGCAAAUGUGGGACAGUAAGAAAAUUGGCUUACGGCAGCACCACUGUCGCAAAUGUGGGAAGGCUGUCUGUGGCAAGUGCAGUUCCAAGCGCUCCUCCAUUCCCCUGAUGGGCUUCGAGUUUGAAGUAAGGGUCUGUGACAGCUGCCAUGAGGCCAUCACAGAUGAAGAACGUGCUCCCACAGCCACCUUCCAUGACAGUAAGCAUAACAUUGUGCAUGUGCAUUUUGAUGCAACCAGGGGGUGGUUACUGACUUCUGGAACUGACAAAGUUAUUAAGUUGUGGGAUAUGACCCCAGUAGUGUCAUGAUGGCUACCCCAGGAAUCAAAAAAAAUAGCAUUUACUAAAGAAAUGGGUGUUCUAAUCUGAAUCAGUACUGGAAAAGUAAAGCAUACGUGUGAGCAGGAAGAGAAGCUAAAGACCCUGGGUGAAUUUGCAUCUUAACUAUGCAGUCAGUGGCAAACUAGUGAAAGAACCUUUGCAGGGACUCUUCAACUUGUUCAUACAAUACAAAAGAAGAUAUUUUUUUUAUCAAAUGGCUUAUACAGUCUGACUGUGCUACAGUGUUUUGACUAUACUGAAAAAUCUGUGUGGGAUGUUUGAUUUUUCAGUCCUCCAUUUUACUUGUUGCUUUGUGUAUUGGAGAAAUGAGGAAAGUAUCUGUUUAGGGUAUUUUGGUCAUAAAGUAGUUUCCAUGCGUUUUGCUUUAUUUUUACCUCAACAUGUAUUGUGGGCAUCUUUUUCUUUGUCUCCAUGUGCCCAUUACUGCUUUGCAGCAGAGUGUAUGUAUGUAUUUCAAUGUUUGUUCCCAGUGUCUCUGCUUUCCUGUCUUCAGUGGAAAGAGUGCAGAUCUACCAGCUGAGUUCUUGAAUUGCCUGAAGAUUGACUCAGCCCUAUUGCCUGACUUGCUGAUGUUCUUACUAACAGUGACUUUGUAUUUCUGCCUGUUGUCUCUGUCUUCCCACAUUAGAAAAAAGCUGCUCCCAGCCAUUGUCAUCCGAGUAGAUGAUUAUAACUGAGAGCUUCAACCAUCAGUGCCUGAAUCUUUUAGAAUUCAGUUGAGGCUUCCUGAACCUUUCAUGUUUUGUUUUAUUUUGUUUUUUUCUUUUUUCUUUUUUGGACAUAGCUGUCCCUUACUGAUAAUAUCAGCACAAAACAAAAACCUAUGUGCUUCCAAAACAAGUGUUUUAUAAUGUUUCUUUCCCUGUGUGACAUCAUCUCAGAACUUGAAUUUCAUUACUUUAAGAUUAUAAACCUUCUUUAUUCUUUAUCAUCUAUAUUGUGUUCCACUUUAAAAAAAAACAGAUGUUAAACAUCUGUAUCUUAAUGUAUUUCACCAGAACUAUUUGUAUACUUUCAUACGAAGACUGUAGGUGAUCUGAUAUAAAAGGUACUGAAGCCUGCAGAUCAAGCUCUUUUCUUGUUAGGAACAUAAAAGAAGACUUUAGAAAAUGAACUUAAAAAAUUUGUCUAAGGGAAUCCAGUUAAGCUUGAUAAAAUGAACUAAGUGACUCACUUCAAGAUAUUGAACUCCUUAUUAAAAAAU